AAAGCUGCGUUUUUUAAUGCCCCUACGGCUAGACCUCGCCUUAAGGCAGGCUUAAGCAGAAUCUGGGACAAUGGAAAACGGACCUGCUAGACCUUCGAUCACGUGACCAGUCACCAGCUGACAGAUGACAACAAUAAAGAUGGCGGACGAACAGGAAGUGCAAGAUAUGCUGCAGCUUUGUAACUUAUCUUUCCUCCCUGCAUCAACAGUCCAGUCCAUCAUGUGUCCAGACUUGCCAGAGAUACCAGAUGAUACUGAAACAGCAUUCAAUUUGGUGCAGAACUAUCAACAGCAGCUAAUGGAGCAUUCAUUCGUCAUGUCAGGAAGUACCAGACAGUCACACCCAAAACAGCAAGGCUUCAGUCAGCACCUGGAAGAGAAGGACAAUCUGGACUUCUUCCGGAAUCUGAGGGUGACAAAGGACACCUUUCAGCAAAUUUUGACUAUUGUGGAGAACUACAAACCAAUAUCUGACAAAGGGACUCCUCCUGUUUCUGCUAAGGAAUGUUUGCAGAUGGGCUUGUGGUUCUUAGGCAAUAAGGCUACUUAUCGGGAAAUGGCUGAGUUAUUUGGCCUAUCAGAAAGUACUGUGUUCAGUUCUGUGCAAUUGUUCAUAAACAUUAUUUGUAAUGUAGGAUAUAAUUACAUUAAAUGGCCAACCAUGACUGAAGCAAAAGAAAAUUCAACUAAAUUUAAAUUCAUGGCAGGGUUUCCUGGGGUUGUUGGUGCUUUGGAUGGGUGCCACAUACAAAUAAAAGCACCAACAGAGGCCCAAGCUGACUACAUUAACAGAACCAACAGACAUAGUGUAAAUUUGAUGGCAGUGUGCAAUUCUGAAUUAUUAUUUACUUUCAUUGAUGUAGGUUUUCCUGGUUCUGCUCAUGACAGUAGAGUUUUUAAGAAUACUGAACUAUACAGUGUGAUGUCUAAUUCCCCUUUAAAUAUCUUUCCCUCAAUUAAUUAUCACAUUAUUGGUGACUCUGCCUUCCAACGCUCCGAUCAUCUUUUGACUCCAUUCAGAGACACUGGUAGAUUAACGCAGCAGCAGAAGAACUUUAAUAGGAAAUUGUCCCAAACCAGACAUGUAAUUGAAAAUGCGUUUGGCUACCUAAAAGGCAGGUUCAGGCGUUUAAAGUAUGUUGAUGCAGACAUUGAUAGAAUACCCAAGAUAAUUAAAGCUGCAUGCAUUUUGCACAAUAUCACACUGCAAAACCCUGAAGAAGAAAGCAUACUGAUAAGGGAUGGGAUAGAGAUUGAUCCUGAAGAUCACCAUGAUGUUGCUGCAGAAAUAAAUCUCCCUGACAUAGGUGGGAUGGAGAAAAGUAACUUCAUUGCUAUGCAGCUCUAAUUGAGUGAGUUGGUUGGCAGAGGAUAUUUCAAUGUAAACAAAUAUAUACAUAUUUAGUCUAUUAUUUUGUUUAGUAUAAAAUAUAUAAAAAAAACAAUUUAAAUCAAAUAAAUCCAAUUUAAAUAAAAAAAAAUCUGAUUUAUUUGAUUUUUUUAAUGAUACAAAAAAAAAUCAACAACCCUGUUUACACUGUUGCAUAACUUUAAGCUUUUGUAACAUUAUUAUUUACAGUUCUUAUGCCACGUCCACACGGUCAAGCACUGCUCGGAAGUCUGGGUAUGGUGUGACGUCAGAAAUGGAGAAAUAUACAUCAGAAAUGUAAAACUCUUGCUAUUU